GUGGAUGCUACCACAUUUGGUAAUAAAGAAAAUCCAGGCAUUAAAAGCACAGUGGCGUUACGUAAUGUCAAACGUAAUUUACUAUGUGAAUAUAAAUGUGUGCUUUAUAAACGCAAGGCUUUUGAUUAACAAAUGAAAUUGCCAUGUCAUUUUUCAAAACAAUCUUACGCCACAGGGAAUGAUGUUGCAUUUUGAUGUAUUGCGUUUUUAACAAGCCCCCACAAACUGCGUUAUAUAAUUUAAAAGAAAACUGCAGCAUAGUUACGUAGUAAUUUAAAUAAAAUUAAUAUUCGAUGCUUAACGAUUUUGCUAAAGUAUUUUUUUUUUAGAAAAAGUAACAACUGAACACACAUUUUUAAAUUAAAAAAUAAUCUUCUGUUCGUACUCGAGUACAAUACUCGAAUAUGUCUCAAUCCCUAUUGGACGUCCCUGUUUUGAGUGCAUCCCGAGCCUCUGUCAGCCAUUACCCGUAGAUGGUCGGCAAGAAAACAAUAUUAUGGAUGUUGUAAUUAACUUUUACACCCUUACAGUGGAUUAACCCAGGAACCAUGCCUGUAACACGGAAUCAGGCCAACACUGCUAAUGCUGCAAAAGCAAGCAGUGAAAAUCCUGACACCAGUGCCAGCAAAGAGGUCCCUGACAAGGAUGAAACUACAACAGAAGCUGAGGAGCAUCGAAGGGAAUCACCAGACAAUUGCUCAAUUUGCUUGGGACCAUUUAAUAAUAAAUCUUUUACUAGUAGCUGUGCACAUUCAUUUUGUUUUGUGUGCUUGAAGCAGUGGUCUAAAGUGAAAGCAGAGUGCCCUUUAUGCAAGCAACCGUUUACCAGCAUAUUUCAUAACAUCCGAUCCGAUCAGAGUUAUGAUAUUUAUGAGCUUCCUCCUCUUAACCCACCUCGUCAAAAUGACUACAACUUCCUCAGCUAUCUCCCAAGAAGCAUAACUGCAUAUGCUGCACCUACUCACUACUUCAGCUUAACGCAACCCGGCCUGGAUGCUGACCUUACCCUCAGCAAUUUCAGCAGGUUCCAGUUUCGUCGUCGAUACGACCGUUACCUUCAGCCUCACCACCCAGUUCACGGUGAGCAUCAAUAUUCAUACACGGGCACAUCAUUUACUCAUCUUCAUCAUGUGUGUGCAUCAUCAUGGCCCAGGGGUGCAGAAGAUUUUAGACGUGAAGUAUACAGACGUUCACUUGGGCCACCUCUUAUUAUUCUUGGAACAGAAAACAGUACUUACCGCCUGACUCCUGCAAUGGUUGCCGCCAGCCCACAUAGAAUGCAACGUAUCAUGCCCUGGCUAACGAGAGAGCUGAAAGUUCUUGUUAAAAGUCACCACAAUGUCAGGCUAGCUAUUAGUGUGAUCCAGCCCCUGUUAACUCAAGUUACUAUUGACAGUACAACUUUUAGUGAUAAAGUUUCACCGCUCAUCGGUCGCAGGUCACGACAAUUUAUUCAGGAAUUUGUUGCUUUUACCAACAGUGCUCUGUUAAUGCAAGCCUAUGAUAGGAAGGCGAUGUAUCAGCGCCAUGAUGCUACUAUCUCAUUUGAUGAAAACACGUCUAGCAGUAGCAGCGAUGAUGAUGAUGACGUGGUUGAAAUUACAGACGUGAGCUCUGACACUGAGAUAACUGGUAGAACAUCCCCUGUGGCUGGGAGCUCACGCCUCCUCAGGACAGGGUGGGACUCCCCUACCCCCGGACCAUCCUGGGAAAGUAUUGACUUGAGCAGCGUGCGACAGCCUAUAGAGACUGAUACUGUGUCUGUCAGCUCAGAAAGUGACGAUCCAGUCUUUAGGCCAGACCAGAACGAUUCAGACUCCAGCUCCAAAGCUGGGAGUGAUAUUGUGUUUUUGAAGUAUGACAAACCAUGGACCGAGAGAUCACCUAUACAGCUGUCUUCAGAUUCUGAAGGUGAAAGUCGAAAGAAGAGAAAAUCUAAGUCGAAGCAUAAAAAGAAAAAGAAGGAGCAGUUAGAGAGUUUAGCAAGGGCUGGGGAGAAUAAUAAAUCACCCGGUCGGUCAAGAUCUGCUGACAAAUCCAGGUCCAAAACAGCCACUGUUGUUUGUGAUGAUAUUCAAGCUCCUGUAACAGCAGAUCCAGCAAGGAAAAAGAGAAUGCUUUCCACAUCAUCCGAGAAGCAAAAGAAGAAGAAGAAAAAGAAGUCUAAGGAUAGGGAUAGGGAAUUAGUUGAUCGCUAUUUUGCGGAGUCCAUCGGCCAACAACUGGGUGCAGCUGCAAUCCCUGCUACUAUAGCUGAAGUAAUUGAAGGACCAAGCUCAAGUAAAGCCACUGAUCCUCAAAGUAAGCCAAGUAGAUCUGAAAGAGGGAAACACAAGCAUAAAAAGAAAGAUAAAAACCGUAGCUCACAAAGCCCUUCUCUUUUACAGUCUUAUAAAAAACACCAUUCGGGUCAUAAAAAAACCUCUGAGAGUUUCGGCAGGUCGCAGCUACCCGAUGCUGAGAGAAGGAAACAUAAAAGCAAGUACAGUUCAAGAGCAGAGCCUGUCUCUGACCAAUCUGUGGAAGGGGAGUCAUCUGUAUGGGAGACCCACCGGGCCCAACCCAUCCCUGCACAGAACAUCGGGCACUCUCUGAGCAGCUCAUUUCCAUCAAACUACAUAGCAAUGCCGGACAAUCUCCAGCCCAUCCCGCUGAAUUUGUGGGUGAGCCCCUGGCCAGCUUUGCCAAGCACUCACACAUUCCCUGCGCCUCCACCACCACCGCCUCCCUCUUUCUUACCCUCCCUCCCUCACUCAAGCUCCAUGUCCAACUCUGCCCUGGACUCCCACACUGUCAUCAGUGAAUCUUCAAGUGAGACAGACUCUGAUGACACAGAGGACUAUGAACUGAGUUCAGCUCCCAGCACCACAGCCUCACGGACCAAACAGUGGUUGGAAGCCAAUUUCCCAGAUCAGGGAAAGCUGCCUUCCACCAGCACAGGUAAUCCACAGCCUCGCACAGGUAGCUCGUUAAGAAGCUGGAAUGAUGAGCCACGACAGUCUACUGCUGGCAACUUUAAUGAUAAUGUUGUUUCCAUACUGAGUGAUGAUGAAGAUGUAGUUGUGUGCAGCAGCGUUAGUACAAAAUCAGACCCGGAUGAAAUAAAAUUUAUUGAACCUGCAGAUUUCAAUAUACGCAACAGAAGUUCAGGGGGCGCCAAAGCUCCUGAAGGCAGUGAGACAUUUUACUUGCCACCCAGAACUGAAACUGUAGUAUCAACCUGUCAGUCUAUAUUUCCUGUCACAAAAAGUUAUGAUCCUGUACUGUCGUUUUCUAGCUCAUUACUCGCCCUGCCAUCCUCCUCACAGUUUACAAAUGAAGACAGAAACAAACCUUACUCAGCAGAGUCAUUAUUUACCUGUAGAACAGAUACUCAGAACAUGUCUGUAAAUGGUGCUACGAGUGAGAAAGUACCAACCACUGAAAGUGGCAGCCCAGGUACUAUUUCUCCAAACAAGGAUGCUGCUCAUGUAACUUCAUCCUCAGGCAUUCUGUCAGACUUGUCUAAUGGAUUUAUGAAUGGUUCCAGUGUCAUGUCCAAAGACAGUAUGGGCAGCUCUCCCAGCACCUCUGACUCAAUAUUUGGGAUCAAAUCUUCCCUGAAUGUUCCAGUCCCACCUAUAGCACCGUUACUCUCAUCUAGUGUAACUUAUCUCCCUUGCCCAUCUACAUCCCUGUCUUCCAUUCUCACCCAUCCAUUACCAUUUGGUGUGUCUCAGCCUCCCCCACCAGAUGUGUUGCCCAUGCACCUGAUGCUGCAUACUGUGCCAUCGUUACUACCAUCGCCCUUGCUUUACUCGCACAUAUUUCACCCAGACGUUACAGCUCCCAGCACUACGGCUGCGUCGAGAAACUGUCGGAGCUCAGAAUUCUCUUGCGCUUCAAUUUUAGACGAGGGCAAGAAAAAAGAUAAAAAUGUCACUUUUGGUGUGGAAGAUUUGCUUGGCAAAGAACAGGGGUCGGAAUCCAAUGAAAACAAAGUUCCAUCAGAUCAUUCACAAACUGCUCUAGGUGUGUUAGAUAAUUCACAAAACGCUUUGAGUGCCUGGGACCAUUCCCAAACUGAUUUGGGUUCAUUGGAUAAUGUUGCAGAAUGCAGAUUUUUAGAUAUGUUGAACGAUUCACCAUCCGCAAUGGACACCCUGGAUGACUCGCAAACAGCUUUCGAUAAGUCGAAUGAUUCACCUUCUGCAAUGGAUACUUUGGAAGAUUCCCAGACAGCAAUGGACAAGUUAAACGAUUCACCUGUUCCGUUCAGUACAUCGCCUGAUUCACAGGCUGCUCCAGUUAGCUCAGCUGUCUCAGAAAGCAGUGCCCUGACAGAAGACAAACAAACAGUGGAGGAUGGACCAAGUUCGGGGACACACAGUGUUUCAGACCUGAAAGAGGACUUGAGCUCUAGUGCAUCUGGAGAAGGUGAUUCGCCAUCUGGGUCUAUAGAGCCAGGCUCUAGCACUGAAGACCCAACUACAGUAAAGGAUACUUGUACACAAAGUGGUGGUUGUUUAGAUGUAACUGGUUGUAGUGUGUAUAAAUAGUUCUUUCAGUUGUAAUUCUAUUUGUGUUAAUUUUAGCAAGCCUUAACACAAUUUACUCUACAGCAGAACACAUUAUUUGUUAAAUCUUUUAAUGACAUUAGAAUUUAUCUGGACUUUUGUUUAAGACUUGUUUUUAAAAUUAUAGCUUUGAUAUUAUGAUAGUUUUAAACCUGUUUUUACAUAAAAUAGAUAAUUUAUUUUUUAUUUUUAAGCCUUUAUGAAAAUUUAACAAAUGUAAAUGAAAUAAAAUAUUUAGAUAAAAGUUAAUGUACUUGAGAAUUAUUACAGAAUUUUAAAUACUGUCAUCACCAGUCUGUCUGUUUUUUUUUCAUUAUCAAUACCAAGCAUUUUUCAAAACAGAGCAAAAUUUAGUAGCAACUUUUUUUGUUACUACUAAAUUUUUAUCAUAUUACAUACAAAUCAUUUUUCAAAACAGAGCAAAAUUUAGUAGUAACUUUUUUUGUUACUACUAAAUUUUUAUCAUAUUACAUACAAAUCAUUUUUCAAAACAGAGCAAAAUUUAGUUGUAACUUUUUUUGUUACUAUUUAAAUUUUUAUCAUAUUACAUACAUGCACAUUUUUCUGAUUCUGUGUUAUUCAUAAACAUUCUUCACUCAAAAGUAAUAAAUAAAGAAAUAGUGCUUCUAAUUAGCUUAACACAGUAGGAAGUUUAAUGGGGCUAUUGAAGUAUUUUAUUAUAAAACAAAUAUGUGGAUACUGGUUGAUUUGUUCAAUUUUUCAUAUUAUUUCUCAGGAAGUAAUGUAAGGCCCUAUUUGUCUAACAGUGUAAUGAAUUGUGUCAUGAAACUUGUAGAAUGGGAUUGAGAGUCUGACCAAUGCACUAAACUAAUACAUUGCACCAGCUGAUUUUUUUUUGAAAGGUUACAAGAUUAUACUCUUGGAUAAAGUAAAAGCUCUUCACCAGAUAGUAAUACUUGAAGUUAUUCAAACAUUCUUGUUCCUAUUUUUAUUUCAAAACAAGGUGCAACAAUGUAUUUUUUUUACUUGGAUUUUUUCUAUGUUUUUAUCCUCUUAUAUUUUGGUUUUGUAAAUGUGAACACUUUCUUUUUAACAAAAUAAGGACUAUAUUUUUCAUAUUUAUAUUAGCCACUGCAUACACAUAUAAAAUGUGGGGGAGAUAUAAAAUAAUAAAUAAUAAUUGUUAAAAUUCAGUGUUAUUUGAUUUAUUGGGUUAGCAUUUAAUUUGUUUUGAUUCUGUUUAAAGGAAUAACUUUUUAAUUAGUUUAGUUUACUGUUAAGACAAUUAUUCUAGAUAUUACUUAGGCUGAGUUUAAUGAAUAUAUUAAUAAACAUUUAAUAGUCUAGUACAGGGGUCUCCAAACUUUUCAGCCCGAGGGCAGCAUUAACUAUCAAAUAUCAGUUCGGGGGCCAGUUUCUUCCAGGUAUCUCAAAAGAACAUAACUCCCCCCCCCAACGAAAUAUAAAUUAUAUAUAAAUAUAUAUAAAUCUCAGCGACUCAUCCAUUUCAAUUGAAAAAUGGCGAAACUUGCUUGCAUUUUUCGCUAUUUGAGUCACGAUGUUUUCACCAAUGUCUGCAACACGGCGGGGUAUGGUAUUUACACACAAAGCUACAUUUUCAAAUUGUUUUGAAUUUUCUGGGCAAAGUUCCUCAGCCACCUCUGACAAACAUU